CUAGUGGCUGUUUAUAAUUCUUUUAAGUCACAUUUAAUGAUCAUCUAUCUGUUUAAAAAGAUGCUGGUGGUAUUUCGAAAUCCCAAAGAUGCAGCUACAUCCUAUUAUCAUUUUUACAACAAAAAUCCUUUGCUGCCUACUCCUAGUUCCUGGGAUGACUUCUUUCAGAAGUUUAUGAGUGGUGAAGUUGCAUGGAAAUCCUACUUUGACCAUGCUCUUGCUUGGGACAAACAUAUGGAUGAAGAAAAUGUUAUGAUAAUCACCUAUGAAGAACUGAAAGAAAACCUUCUGGAUGGAGUCCAACGAAUUGCUGAUUUUUAUGAAUUCCCUCUGUCGGAUGAGAUAGUUAAGUCUAUUGCAGAUAAGGCUACCUUUCAAGCAAUGAGCAGCAAAUCUCUGGAAAUUUUUGGUCAAUUUGCUUCUGUUAUUUUCAGAAAAGGUGAAGUGGGCGAUUGGAGAACUUUGUUCACUGAGGCUCAGAGCAAAGAAAUGGAUGCAAAAUUUGAAGCAUGUUUAGCUGGGACUAAACUGGGUGCAAAACUAAAAUAUGAUAAAUAUUGCAAAUUUUAACAUUUGUACUUUUGAAAUAAAGUAAUUUAGAUAUA